AUGCGGCGCUACCUGCGGGUCGUAGGGCUGUGCCUGGCCUGCGGCUUCUGCUCGCUGCUGUACGCCUUCAGCCAGCUCGCGGUGUCCUUGGAGGAAGGAGCUGCUGGGGGCCGCAGGCCGCAGGCCGCGGUGGUUUCCUGGCUGGCGGACAGCGAACGCGACACCCGGAGAGGCGCGGGCAGCGCGGGCCCGGGCCGGACGGGCAGGUGUAAAGAGUUCUCUCUGAGUUACUGGAAUCCCUAUUGGAUGCUGCCCUCUGAUGUUUGUGGAAUGAACUGCUUUUGGGAAGCGGCUUUUAGGUAUAAUUUGAAAACAAGGCCCAAUGAGAAAAUGCACCUUGCUGUGGUUGCCUGUGGUGAGAGACUGGAAGAAACUGUGACUAUGUUGAAGUCAGCUCUGAUUUUCAGCAUCAAGCCACUGCAUGUCCACAUCUUUGCUGAAGACCAACUGCACGAUAGCUUUAAAGUCAGACUCGACAGCUGGUCCUUCCUCCAGAGAUUUAACUACAGCCUGUACCCCAUCACCUUCCCAAGCGACAGUGCGGUGGAGUGGAAGAAACUCUUUAAGCCCUGUGCUUCCCAGAGGCUGUUCUUGCCAUUAAUACUGAAAGACGUUGACUCACUGUUGUAUGUCGACACUGAUAUCCUUUUUUUACGACCUGUUGAUGAUAUUUGGUCAUUACUAAAGAAAUUUAAUUCCACACAAAUUGCUGCGAUGGCACCAGAACAUGAGGAGCCCAGAAUUGGAUGGUAUAAUCGCUUUGCCCGGCACCCGUACUAUGGGAGGACGGGCGUGAACUCUGGAGUGAUGCUAAUGAACAUGACCCGGAUGAGGAGGAAGUACUUCAAGAACGAUAUGACAACCGCGCGGCUACAAUGGGGAGACAUACUUAUGCCAUUGCUUAAAAAAUACAAACUAAACAUCACAUGGGGUGAUCAAGAUCUGUUAAAUAUCAUGUUUUUUCAUAAUCCAGAAAGCCUCUUUGUUUUUCCAUGUCAAUGGAAUUACCGACCAGAUCACUGUAUAUAUGGGAGCAACUGCCGGGAAGCAGAAGAAGAAGGAGUCUUUAUUCUUCAUGGAAACAGAGGUGUUUACCAUGACGACAAGCAGCCAGCAUUCAGAGCUGUGUAUGAAGCACUAAGAAAUUGCUCUCUUGAGGGUGAUUCCGUCCGUUCCUUACUAAAACCUUUAGAACUGGAAUUACAGAAGACAGUUCACACAUACUGUGGAAAAACGUACAAAAUAUUUAUCAAGCAGUUGACAAAAAGCAUAAGAAACCGUUAUGACACUCCACCGAAGGAAAGGUGAUUCUUCGUGACCGAAGUAAAUGGAUGAGACAGCAGCGCCUCAGGAGAUGUGAAGGAAUAGACUGAAAAAGGAUUUAGGGAGGCAUUUCUGUCUCCAGAAUAAUCCUCUUCGGAAGAAUUAAAGAGCAGUAUAUUCCUGUCAUGAAGAAUAAGUUAAACUCUUGUGCCCCAGUAAGAAGACAGUUUGAUCUCUGAUAUUUUGUAACAUUCCUUGGUGUCAUUCCAGUGUUAGUGAGAACACUGGACAGUGUGGGCUGCGAGCUGGGUUGGCUCUUAAUCAAGUAAGUAAGGACUGGGAGUAUGGAUGGAGCAAAUGUACCUCGAACAUAGUGGAGACAUUCAAGCUGUGAGUGUAGCAAUAAUUUAUGUCAGCACUAACCUCACUUUAAAGUGUGAGAAAAAGUUUACAGGAGCAGAAAGGUUCUGUUUCUUAAGAAGUGUGGUAUAACCAAUGUAACCAUUGACAGUCUGUACCCGCGUACAUUUCAUCUCUGCUCUACAGUAUUUGGUGACAAUCGUGUUUGAGAUUAUUUGUAUAUUUUAAAUAAGCUGCACAUUUAAAAAUUAGCUGUAUGAGAAAGGAGAAAAUAGUGAAAACUUAA